AUGUGUCUGCCAGAUGUGGAUUUGCAGGUUGUGUUGGACAAUGGCAUCGUCCAACUCACGCUGUCGAAGCCCGAAGGUUCCCUUACGGGAGUCAAAGACCAUGGACUUGAUAAUAUAAUGGAAGUUAUGGAAAAGGAAGACUUUAGAGGGUAUUGGGAUCUUAUUUGCAUAUCGAUCUUAUCACCCACUGGUGAUGCAGAAUACUCGGAACAGAAUUUGACGCAGUGCAGCAAGAUGCAGACCAGGUUGUGCGCAAUCCUUACCAGCUUCGCUUCCUCAGACGACCUGCGCCCCGCCGCCACCGACGGCGGUGUGACGGUGCACGUCGAACAUUUGCAGGUUGUGUUGGACAAUGGCAUCGUCCAACUCACGUUGUCGAACCCCGGAGGUUUCGUUACGGGAGUCAAAUAUCAUGGACUUGAUAAUGUAAUGGAAGUCAACAACAGGGAAGACAAUAGAGGGUAUUGGGAUCUUGUUUGGAAUCCAUCAGAUCGACAUUCUGGCAUAUUUCAGAAAAUACACGGAACAGAAUUUGACGUAGUGCAGCAAGAUGCAAACCAGGCUGAGGUCUCUUUCAGAACACAUUGGGAUCCCUCCUCCCGAGACGAGCUUGUGCCUUUAAACAUCGACAAAAGGUUUGUAAUGUUGCGAGGCAGCUCAGGCUUCUACACCUACGCCAUAUAUGAACACCUUCAAGACUUGCCCGACUGCAAUCUAGGAGAGACCAGGGUGGCUUUCAAGCUUAGAAAGGACAAGUUUCACUACAUGGCCAUUGCAGACAACAGACAAAGAAUCAUGCCCAUGCCAGAAGAUCGCCAGCCCGGAAGGUCACAGAAGUUGGAUUACCCAGAAGCAGUCAGACUGACAAACCCAAUUAAUGCAGCCUUGAGAGGGGAGGUGGAUGAUAAAUACCAGUAUUCCAGUGAGAACAAGGACAGUAUGGUGCAUGGAUGGAUUUCUUCUGAUCCUUCCGUAGGGUUUUGGGUGAUCACCCCAAGUAAUGAGUUUAAGUCAGGAGGGCCUGUGAAGCAGGAGCUGACGUCUCAUGUUGGUCCUACCUCCCUCGCUAUCUUUGUGAGUUCUCAUUACACCGGGGACGACAUUGUGCCUAGAGUCAGAAACGGAGAAUACUGGAAGAAGGUGUUUGGCCCUGUGUUCAUUUACCUUAAUUCUGCUUGGACGAAAUCGGAUCCGAAGCUUCUCUGGGAGGACGCCAAGAAGCAGGCGCGGGUUGAAGAGGGAAGCUGGCCGUACAAAUUUCCUGCGUCAACAGACUUCCAAAAGAGCGAGCAAAGAGGCUCUGUUUCCGGUAGACUACUCGUUGUAGACGAGCCCGGCAAUAACGAUUCCGUAAAUGGGAAUGCUGCUUUUGUUGGUUUGGCUUCACCAGGAGAAGCUGGAUCUUGGCAGAGAGAAAGCAAGGGAUACCAAUUCUGGGUAAGAGCAGACGUUGAAGGCAACUUC